UUAUUGUCCGCCAUAGCGCGGCCUGCAAAAUAUCACCGCUUGGUGGCGCUAUACGUAAUGGCUGCCUCCAUGUUGCACCGGUUUCGAGUUGCUGGCGUAAACAAAUGGUUUAAUAUCAUUCAAAACCGUACUAUCCAUGUGUCUCUGCGUGCCAUGGGAGCCUACGAUUCAGACUUUGAAAAUGCCAAAGCUCGACUGAAUUCCCUGCAAAAUGACCCAGGAAACGAUGUCAAGCUGAAAAUUUAUGCUCUCUUUAAACAGGCAACGGUUGGAAAGUGCAACGCAAAGAAACCAGGAAUGAUGGAUUUUGUUGGGAAAGCAAAAUGGGAUGCUUGGAAUGGUUUAGGUGAUAUUUCACAGGAUGAUGCUAAACAAAAGUAUAUUGCACUUGUCGAUGAGUUAGCAGGAGCAGACAAGUCUGUGGCUCCAGCAGAAAGCUCAUCUGCUCCUGCUGGCAAAUACACAACAUUAGAUGUAACCAAUGAAGGAGGGAUAUUUACCAUAAAACUCAACAGACCAAGCAAGAAAAAUGCCAUCAAUUUUGAGAUGUAUGAUGAGUGGGUGGUCGCACUCAAAGAAGCUGCUGAGGACAAGAGUGUGGUUGUCACAGUGGUUACAGGUGCUGGAGACUUUUAUUGCAGUGGAAAUGAUCUGGGAAAUUUCAUGAAUAUUCCUCCAGAUGGCAUUAAAGCAAUGGCAGAAAAAGGUGGAGAAAUAUUAGAGCGUUUUGUGGCGGCCUUUAUUGACUUCCCAAAGCCUUUGAUUGGUGUGAUUAAUGGACCAGCCAUUGGAGUGUCCGUCACUGUGCUCGGUCUGUUUGAUUUGGUUUACGCCACUGACAAGGCCACCUUUCAAACUCCUUUCUCAAACCUUGGUCAAUCACCAGAAGGUUGUAGUUCCUACACCUUCCCCAAAAUGAUGGGUGCAGCAAAAGCAAGUGAACUGCUGUUGUUCAACAAGAAGAUCACAGCUCAGGAAGCACUGGAGAGAAACCUAGUGACAGAAGUGUUCCCAGACCAUGAUUUCCAGCGGUCCAUUCAGGGUCGAAUACAGCUCUACUCUAAACUUCCGAAACUGAGUCUACAGAAGUCCAAGUUCCUGUCCAGGGAGACGGAUCGGGCCACGCUACAUACGGUCAACAAGCGGGAGUGUGAGGUGUUAACGGAGCGGUGGCAGUCGGAGGAGUGCUUCCAGGCCAUCAUGAACUUCUUCUCCAAAACAGAGUCCAAGCUGUAGCGCACCACAUACUGAUGAGGGCCGCCUUUAUUGUGGUGAUGUCUGACUGGGAGUUAUUAUAUCAGGGAUGAGCUCUGUAGUGGGGCUUGUGUUGGAACUGUCUUGUUUCUGUGAUAACGUAUCUGGUUUAAUUGUUAUUGUUUUUCACAAAUUGAACCUGACUUGGUCAGAAGAACGAAAAAUUUAUAUGAAAGAACAACUAAAUAAAUAGAGCUAUUGUUUUAACUUGUUAUACAUGUUCAUUUGUACUGGUAUAACUUAUUAAUGCUCUUCUUAUACAAAUACAAUCCUUAUAAUGUUGGCAUAUGAAUAAUAUAUUUGAGAAUAAAACUUGUAUGUGUUUGA